AUGGGAGCUGUGAUGUCGCGCCUGAUAAGGCCUCAGGCCUUUAACUACAACCAACGUUAUGAAGUAGUCACCGAGUACCUCAUCCGCGUCGGUGGCCCUGUGUAUUCAUCUGAAGUUUUGAACAAAGCUAGUAGACUAACAGCCUACUUGCACUUCGCCGUCAAGUUUCAUUACAUCCCCGAGGCGAUUGAACUGAUACAGCUCGGCGCCAAACCUCCUGUCAAGAAUAGGAAAGGUCAAACCACCUUGCAAUACGCAGUGGUGUGCAAGCGUUAUGUUGAGGGGGUGGAGAAGAUCAUUCCCAACGGGAUACACUAUAAAAAGAUGAAGUUCUAUGGCUUACGAUCCCUGCGUUAUGCCACUAAAGCCAGGAAGAUGAAGAGACUUAGAGAGCUUGCUGCUACCCAGGACGACAUUAAUAGUGCACACAGCCUCAUUCUAGUGAAGAUGCUGUUGGAUCACGGAUCCGACGUGAACAACAAGGAUAUAAACGCUUGUACACCUCUUCAUUGUGCCAUUUACACGGGCGACCUCGAGCUUGUGAAAAUGAUUAUUAGUGCUGGUGCCGAUAUCAACGUCCAGAACAGAAUAGGCGCCACACCGCUGCAUGACGCUGUUCUCAGUUGUAAUGAAGAAAUGGUUUUCUUGCUCUUGUCCAAAGGCGCAAACGUCGACGCCAAGACUCUGGAAUUCAGAAACUCGCCUCUACACUGGGCUGCGAUGCUCAACAUUGACGACAGCCACGAACGCGUUAUUACAAGGCUUUUGCAGUUUGGAAGUGAUAUGCACGCGGCUAAUUUGAACGGCUGGACGCCCUUCUAUUAUAUCAUCCGAUGCUGCGACGUUAACUUGGUGAGACACUGCAUCGAUAAAUAG